AUAGCCUCUAUAUAAAUGGACGUUGAAGGCUUCUUCAGGCAAGUGGUGAAGAUGAAGCAUCCCUUUGGCUUUGUGCUGUUCACGUGCUUCGGAUGGAGUCUCUACCAUGCAGCCGACACAAAGACUUAUGCUGAAGGUGGAAACGCUAAUGGUCAGCUCUGUGUCUUCCCAUUUAUUUAUAACUCCAAGUGGUAUUUGGACUGUAUCCGUGAUGGAACCUCUGAAGGGCUUCUCUGGUGCGCUACAACAGCGAAUUAUGAUACGGAUAAGAAGUGGGGAUACUGUCCACAACAAUUGAUUUAUUCUGUAGGUGGAGAAACUAAUGGUCAGCCCUGUGUCUUCCCAUUUAAGUAUAAGUCCAAGUGGUAUAGGGGCUGUACCGGUGAUGACAGCUCUGAAGGGCGUCUCUGGUGCGCUACAACAGGGGAUUAUGAUAAGGAUAAGAAGUGGGGAUACUGUCCACAAACAUUGACCUAUGCUGUAGGUGGAAACGCUAAUGGUCAGCCCUGUGUCUUCCCAUUCAAGUAUAAUUUCAAGGGCUACUGGGGCUGUACUGGUGAUGGAACCUCUGAUGGACGUCUCUGGUGCUCUACAACAGAAGAUUAUAAUAAGGAUAAGAAGUGGGGAUACUGUACACGUAAUUUGAUCUAUGCUGAAGAUGGAACUGCUAAUGGUCAGCUCUGUGUCUUCCCAUUUAAUUAUAAGUCCAAGUGGUAUUCUGACUGUACCAGUGAUGGAACCUCUGAUGGGCGUCUCUGGUGCUCUACAACAGGAGAUUAUAAUAAGGAUAACAAGUGGAGAUACUGUCCACAAAAAUUGAUCUAUGCUGAAGGUGGAAACGCUAAUGGUCAGCUCUGUGUCUUCCCAUUUAAUUAUAACUCCAAGUGGUAUUCAGACUGUACCAGUGAUGGAAUCUCUAAUGGGCGUCUCUGGUGCGCUACAACAGGAGAUUAUAAUAAGGAUGAAAAGUGGGGAUACUGUCCACAAAAAUGGACUCAAGGGAGUGGGACUACAGCAAACGCUGGAGACAACCAGGAGGAGAAGAAUGCUAAAAGAUGCUUUAAAAAUGUCGGCUGAACAAGCAUUUCAUGGAACCACGGCGCCUGAUUGGCUGCAUAUACAGUGGUGUAUGAUCAAUAUUGAAAACAGAUUUACUUUUGUCCGUUUGUUAUACCCUUUUCUUCAUGUUGUGUGCAAUUGUUGUUUUACCUAUAUUGCUGAAUAUGUUACUGCUGGUAAAUACAUAUUUAAAAAAUUACUUUGCUUUAAUAAAAUCAAUACGCAGCACAAAAAUUGUUAUCCAAA